GUGUGAGAGGGGGAGGGAUAGAGGGAGACACAAACUCACACACACACAGAGAGACAAGGCACACAGCCUGUAUGGCGAACAGAGAUUCAUUACAUCCUCCGCACUGCUGAGCUGCGAGUGCCAAACUCAACAUCGACUUCGGUCAACAGCAGCUGCGUUGCUCAUCACGGAGGAUAAUGACUUUGUAAAGAAGGUGUUGCUCCCGUGAUGAUGAUGACGACGACGACGGCGAAGAUGAUCCCAACGAUGACAACUACUACUACGAAGAAGCCCGUCGUGGUGAUUGUGAGCCUGCCACGUGCGGCGUUGCCGUUCCUGCUGCAGUGAUGGUGGUGGGGUGGUCACGAGUGCGCUGCCGAUGAUGAUAAUGAUGAGAAAUGAUUAAUGAAUUAUGGAGCCGCCGGGUGGCAUUCAAUGGAGUCCACUGGCCCUGCCUCUGGACGCAAUCGUCAGCAGGUACAAGCUUCCCCUGCUGCUCCGAGUCGAACCUGGCCAGGCGAUUGAGGGCCUGCGCGAUGGGGACCUGGUGCUCGUCCACUCGUGCCGCCAGUGGACCGCGGUGACGGCGCACAGCCUGGAGGAGGGCCACUACGUGGUGGGGCCCAAGAUCGAGAUCCCCGUGCACUACGCAGGGAAGUUCAAGCUGCUGGAGCAGGAGCGGGACAUGAAGGAUCCUGUGCAGUACUUCAGCAGCGUCGAGGAGGUGGCCAAGGCGUUUCCAGACCGCGUCUUUGUCAUGGAAGACAUCUCCUUCAGCGUCAAGGUCGCGUCGGGCGAGUUCAGCGAGGACAGCGAGGUCUACAACUUCUCGCUGAGCACGGGCGAUGAGCUCACGCUCAUGGGCCAGGCCGAGAUCCUGUGCGGGAAGCCGCCGGGCCGCGACCGCUUCCGCCUCAAUGCCCUCCUGCGCAAGCUGGGCCGGCUCAACGCGGCCGUGAGCGGCGGCGGAAACUCGGGCGGCGGCGGAGGUGGGGGCGGCAACAACAACGCCCCCUCGUCCGUGCUGCGCCCGGCCAAGGGCAAGAUGCCGUGCCUCAUCUGCAUGAACCACCGCACCAACGAGAGCCUCAGCCUGCCCUUCCAGUGCCGCGGCCGCUUCGGCACCCGCAGCCCGCUGGAGCUGCGCCUGCGCGAGGGCGAGCACACGCUGCGCUCCAUCCUGGAGCGGGCACGCCUGCCCGUCAGCGUGCAGCCUCCGUCGGCGCCGCCGCCACGCAACCCCUACGACCAGCACAGCAUGCGGGAGGGACACCGCUACAAGCUGGUGGGCAUCCGCGCCAAGAUGGUGGUGGUGUGCUGCGCGAUCCGCCCCGACGGCCUGGGCGGCGAGACGGCGCUGCCGCUGCACUUCACGCUGCAGGUGGGCGCGACGCUCCCGCGCUUCGCCCUGCCCGAGGGGCUGGCUUGCGCCGACAAGGCCUACGAGCGGGCGGUGCGCGACAGGCUGGCGCUCGUCCAGCGCAGCUUCGACAUCGACGAGUUCUCGCGCGCGGUGCGGGAGGCGCCGCUCGUCGACCCCCCGCCUCCUCCGGGCGGCGGCGGCGGCGGCGGCGGCGGCGGCGUGGCCGUGGGCUCGUCGGGAGCGACGACCGGGGGCCGGGACGUGUCGAGCCCCAAGCCGGGGAGGUCGGCGCCGGCCCCGCACGGCGGCCACGUGCCCUACGCGCGCGAACCCAGCGGCUGCCCCUUCCAGCAAUGGCCGCCGGGGUGCGCGCACGGCGGGGGCGGCGGGGGGCGGCUCCAGCUUGGCUGCUUCGGCGGAGGUGGCGGCGGCGGCAGCGGCAGCGAGGCGUCGCUCGCCCGCUCCUCCCGCACGUGCUCGUCGGAGGAGGAGUCGCCCCGCGGAGUCGCGGCCCUGCCGCCGCUGUCGCGCGACCGUCGCUCCGUCCACGACGAGAACGGCACGGACGGCGACGGCUACGGCGGCGACGGCGGCAGCGACGAUGACGGGGAGUACGUCCUGCCCGAGGAGCCGCGCCCGCCGCCGCCGCCGCCGCCGCCGCAGUCGUCGUCGUCGUCGUCGUCGUCGCACGCGGGACGCCCGCCCGGCGCCGAUCUUCCGUACGAGGAGCUGUGGUCGGAGCGAGCCGUGGCCGCCGGGAGCCCCCGGCUGCUGACGCGUGGAGGGAGGGGAUGCCGGGGAGAGGUGGACGCGGUGUACAGCUCCCCACCACGCGCCGGGCACCACGACUGCUCGCUGCACCCGCCGCCACUCCCGCCAAAGUCGCAGGCGGUGAAGGCCGAGUGCCGAGCCAUGCAGGCCCAGGCGCCCCCCGUGCCCCCCCGCAGCACCAAGCCCCCCUCCACGCCGACGCUGAGCCCCCGGCUGCCUCCGCGCACGCCCCGGCCGCAGCUCAGCCAAGCGGCGGCACGCUCGCCGAGCCCCAGCCUCUCGUACUACUCGUCCGGACUGCACCACGUGGGUGUGAGGAGCAACGCGACGUGGAUGGCCCAAGCGAACACGGACCCCGGAACCGGCUUCUGCUACCCCUGCGGCUGGACCUGCGAUCACAGCAAUGGUGGCGUCGGCGGCGCCGUCACCGUUGGCCCUCAACAGGACCGCUCGGCCCGGCCUUCUCUCUCCGAUGGCCAGUCGGUAAAGACCUCCUGGUCGGAGACGUGGAGCCGGGGCUCCAGCGAGAGCGACGGCGGCCACUACCUGACGCCCGACGCGUCGCUGUCCAAGCACGGCAACUUCUUCUACGGUGGUCCCCGCCCACGCGCGGUGCCCCCGGCGCCCCAGCGCCGGGCCGACGCGGGGGCCGCCGCGCCCGCGGCCGUUCGCGGCGCCGACAGCCCCGAGGAGGCGCCGGCAUCCCGGGGGUGGACGACUGGCUGCGGCGCGCCGCCUCCCUCGCUCUGCCCUCCGUUCGGCAGUGGCUCGGCGAGCCCGGCGGACGGCGGCGACCCGUUCGACCCGUUCAUGCCCGCGCCGGAUGAGAGGCGGCCGCCCGCGCCCGCGCACAACGGUUGCUGCGUGGUGAAGCAGCCGGUGCUGUCGCUCCUCGCGCGCGGAAGCCUCCCGCCCUUUGACAGGAUCCUGUCGGCGGAAACGGCGCAACCGCCUGGCACGCCGGGUGCCGCCGGGCCCGUGUGCCCACUCUCUCCACCGCGGCCUCCGAAACCGGGGCGUGCCGCCGAGCUCCACCAGGGCCCGCUCGCGCCAUCGCCGCUUGUCUCGUCCUGGGAGCUUCCGGCGGAAAACGGGACAGAGGUUUUUUCGUUGGGGAUGGGCGGCGAGGCCUACCUCAGGCUGUCGGACACAGACACGGGCCCGGGUGGCCACGAGCUCGGCGAAGAUCCCUGGAGGCCCCCGUUGGACCUGGCGGGGCUGUCAGUGGAGGGCGUGUGCCGGUGCCUGCGUUUUCUCGGGUUGCCCGAAGGGCCCGUGGCAAAAUUUUCUUCCGAGAAGGUGGACGGGACGCUGCUCGCUCAGCUGUCGGAGGAAAUGCUCCUCAACGACUUUGGGUUGGGGAAGCUGCAGGCCAGGAAGCUGCUGCAGUUCGUCGCUGGGUGGCGCCCAAAACUGUGAGGCCGGCGACGUCGACCGUUCGCGAGCGAAGCCGCGUUAAGUCGUUUGCGACGAGCGCUCGCAUCCAAUGGUUUACACCACAACCGAACGCACACCGUGCAGUUAUUUAUUGGCAUUAAUCACAGUUGCUGUCUACUGUAACGUUCUCACGAUGCUCUAAGCAAUGGUUAGGCCAUUAUGCGCCGGCUUCGCUAACUGAUUUGGCGGUAAAACGUGAAAGCACUAACUUCAUUUCACAAUUAAUUUGUUGUACUUAUUUUUUGAGUAACCUAUCGCAAAAAAAAGUAAAGGCCUUUACGCAUCCUGUUUAUGUGAGUGUAUGUAUGUAUAUACGAGGGGCGAUCGAAAACUUUGGAUUCGGCGAAUGCUAAAAAAAAAAAGAUACAACUGCACCAACGUAAAUUUGGGCUCAUUUUAAAGCCUCCAUUUUGUACGCAUGCGUCGUGUAACGUGAACGAAACCGUAGGUAACGAGGAUCGUUCCGCCGAGGACCGUACACGCAAACUCGUGCGGUGACAACGGCUCUCUUCUGUGUCGUUUUGUCAGGAUGAGACUUGGGUAAUGGGGAGGGGGAGCGCUGAUUUGCUGGAUCCUGCAACCCCCCCCCCCCCCAAAAAAAAACACUCCUCUUGUCCGCAAAAAGUCACAGCUAAACACGGACAAAAAGAUACAUUUGUUUACUGUGUGACUCCUCCGUCUGAGAAUGCGCAGAAUCGUAUGAAUUUGCUGUAUGACUCUUUUAUCCGCGAAAAAUACGGAUAAUUAAGAUGACAUUUUCAACACGACUCUUAUCCGCAUGUUCGUACACCCAGCAGUUAUUUCAGAAAAUCGGAAGAUAUCAGGGAUGAUGGAUAACAUGAUCAUGGAAAAGAGUAGUUAAUGCUGUAUUUAAUAUUCCAUUUUUAAAAUGUUUUGACCAUUUCUUACACAGUAUUGCUUAUAUAAUUUGUAUAUACGAGUAUGUAAAGCAUCUGUUAGAAACUCUAUUGUUUAUGCUAAAGCGUAAAACGAUUGUGAAGAAUUAGUUCGUUCAAUGUUUGUGCUUGUUUUAUUUGACACGAAUGCCGUCUCCAAGGUAUUAAGAUCAACAUGGGUUCUGAAACGAUGUAAAAAUAUUGCUCCGAGUUAUCUUCCACUUUUUCAGCCACUCACUAAAUGGUCUCGUGAACAUCCUGAAUACACGAAAACCACACAAACUGCGUUGCUAUCUGCAAUGGUUACUCCGGAAGCCUCGCAGGCGUCUGGUAAACAGAAUCGUCCCCGUUUAAAAAAAAAAAACAGUCUCCAAUGUUUUAUUAUUUAGCUUUUGCGAUUUAGAACAAAAAAUGUUGAUGUUAUGUUACAAAUGCUGAAUCAUAAUAUUUGUUUUUUUUUUUCCAUUCGCUGGCCAAAGGGGAAUUUUUCGGAGUAACUGUCCAGAACAUUGAGUGUUAAAGAUGUCGAAGACCUAGCGCCCUCCUUUAAAGUCUCGCGAGUCGUCUCUGUCUAUCGAACUCACGGCCAUGCCUUUCCAGCGAUCACUGUGAUGAUGAUGAUGAAUGAUUAACGUGUGCGCCGUGAUGUGUGGGAGCCGUUGCAGCAAGACUGAUGGACCGGCCCUUCACCUCAUGACCAUCAGACCCCCAGCACAGAACAAUGAAUGUGGCAUUUUUGAAGCCUGUCUCAACCUCCCUUGUACAAAAUACAUUGACUACAAUUGA